AUGUCGAUACUGGCACUCUAUCUCCGCCUGUUUCCGAACAAGAGUCUCCGCAUUUCUGUCUUCACCUGUAUGGGCUUCUUGUCUGUAUCCGUUCUCAUCCUAAUCCCCAUGGUUAUCUGGCAAUGUAACCCUAUCUACGCAUCGUGGCAGCUAGAUGCAAGGAACCACGCUCGUUGUCUGAGCAUCUCUGGAGUUGCAUAUGCCAACGCAGCCAUCAAUAUUGCGACAGAGCUUACAAUUGUGGCUAUACCGCUUCCUGUACUGAGAAAACUGCAGGUCAAGCGCGGGAAGGCAAUAUCGCUGUAUGUAUUGUUUGGCGCGGGCCUACUCGUUAUUGGCAUUGCUUCAGCUCGUGUUAUGAGUCUUAAAAACAUUGCCACUCUUAAUGAUCCUACCUAUACGAAUGUCCCCGUUACUCUAUGGACAUGUGCGGAGUCUGCAGUUGUGCACAUUUGCGCCACUGCUCCUGCAAUCCGAUAUCUCUUCACUAGGGCAAUACAACUCCUACGCGGAUUGGGAACAGGAAGAACUAGUAAACCCACUACCUGGGGGUUUAAGCCUAGUGGCAGACAAGGUGGUUCUGCCAACAUUGGUUUACCGACGUCUAGUUCCUUAACACAACUGAGGCAUACGGAGGAUAUCGCGAAGAUGACCAGUUCCUGUGGUAUGUCUUCCUGUGCGUGGCAUAAUUAUGAGGAGCCAAACGCGGCAAGUGCUCGAAAUAUCGAAGACGUGGCGCUGAUGAUAACGGCCACUCCCAAAGAUGAAGAGCAGCAGACGGACUUUGCAUUAAAGCCACUACCGCGGCCGCCGAGAAGUCACUUGAGCUCAUCUUCCCGCUAUUCUGAAGGAGAAUUCCGUGAUAUGGACAUCGAUGGUGAUCAGGUAACCAUAAUGAAGCUGGCUGGAGAAGAUUGUGAGAGAUUGUGCUCGCUAGGGAAUUGUACAUGCGCACAAAGAGCCGGUUUUGGGCGACAGGGCCGAUGGUUUCUCGACGUUUGA